UUCUCCAAGGAGAAAUACAUCCUCGACUCAUCACCGGAGAAGCUUCACAAGGAGCUGGAAGAGGAGCUGAAGCUGAGCAGUACAGACCUGCGCAGCCACGCAUGGUACCACGGCCGCAUUCCCCGGGAGGUGUCGGAGAGCCUCGUGCAGAGGAACGGCGACUUCCUCAUCCGCGACUCACUCACCAGCCUGGGCGACUACGUGCUGACGUGCCGCUGGCGCAAUGAGCCCCUCCACUUCAAGAUCAACAAGGUGACAGUCAAGUCCAGCGAGGGCCAUACCCGCGUCCAGUACCUCUUCGAGCAGGAGAGCUUCGACAAUGUACCUGCCCUCGUCCGCUUCUAUGUGGGCAACCGCAAGGCCAUCUCUGAGCAGAGCGGAGCCAUCGUCUACUGCCCCAUCAACCGCACCUUCCCCCUGCGCUACCUGGAAGCCAGCUACGGGCUGGCCAACCCGAAGCAUGGGGGACCCCACAGCCCUGCAACCCAGAAAGGGGGGCACAUCAAGAGGAGGAGCAUCACCAUGACAGAUGGCCUGACAGCAGACAAGAUCACCAGGGCUGAGGGGUGCCCAACCAG